UGAGGGCCUUAUCUCAGUUAUCUGCUUCAACUCUCUUCUUUCGUUGCCACCAAGAAGUUGAGAACUGAGAAGAACUCACUCUCCUUCUUCGACCUUGAGAUUUUGAAUGGCGCACUCUCUUUGUUUCGCUCCUAUUUGUUCCUUAAAGUCCUCGAACCGACCAGGAGUAGUUACUGGAAAUUCGGUUGUUCGAAAAGCUUUUCCGAUAACAGAAGCAUGCCAGAAUGCUAAAGCUCGAAGAUUUCAGUCUUUGGAGGUUAAGGCUGCGGAAGACAACAGUCAAACCACCACAAAAACAAGGACCAUUGUUUGUCCUGACUGUGACGGAAAUGGUGCAAUCUUAUGCACUCAAUGCAAAGGCACUGGAGUUAACUCAGUAGACCACUUCAAUGGACAGUUUAAAGCUGGUGGAUUAUGUUGGCUAUGCAGGGGUAAAAAGGACAUCUUGUGUGGAAAUUGUAAUGGGGCUGGCUUCAUUGGUGGAUUCAUGAGCACAUUUGAUGAUUAGAAGAUUGCCUAGAUUUAAUUUUUGAAGAUUCCCCAUGGCUAAAGGAAGAGAAAAGCAAGUUGGAAUCCGUUUGUUCAUUUUCUUUUUUGUUGUAUGUGUGAUCAAUGUUAUAGUACUCUGCAGCUGUGACAAUAAGAUUUUGUUUUGAGUUCA